UGUGUGCCGGGUACCACCUACUAACUUCCUGCACAAGUUAAGUCUGCAUCUGUAAAAAAAAAACAGGUAAACGCGAUCUUUCGCGAGGGGUCGAUGAGGAAACAAGAAUAAUACUUGGAAAUAAACAGAAUUCCACCUUGGAGUGGCUGGCCAUGGCAAGCCCGCAAGUCAUUGGUUCAAGUAUGGGAGGUCUCCGCCCAGCCACGGGUGGUGUCAUGUUCACACCCAGGGAUAUCCUGAAGACAUCCGGCGGACUCCGCACCCCCGGCAGUCGGGCAUCGCGUGGGUCAUUUGAAUAUGGGCGGAUAGAGGAAAGGGCUCCCUCGAGAGCCUCAUCUGCACCUGUGGGCAAUGCCGUUCUGGCACCCAAUCCCCAACUCAGUAUCAUUGAAGUGGAGCAGCUCAUCAGAGAGAAAGUCCGGCAGCAUUACCAUGACCUGAAACAGGCAUGCCAAAACUAUGACAUCGACCAGAGUCUGGCCAUUACUAAAGGGGAGCUGCGGCGGGUGUUGGACAUCUACUGCCAGCCGCUUACUAGGGAGCAGUUUGAUGCUAUGGUAGCCAAGGUGCCAGCCAAUGCCAAUGGGACCAUCAAUUACUGCAACUUCCUGGACAGGUUUGCCAGCAGUGGGGAAGGCUCCAGGGAAUCCUGGAAAAUGACCUCAGGUCACAGGUACAGCUACACCAAAUCCCCCCAGGAUAUGGGGAUCGAUGUCUUGGAGCGUCAGCUGAGGGAGAAGGUGGGCGCAUACCUCAAGAACUUCUUGAAGGGCCUGCAACUCUUUGAUUACAACCGAGACGGCAAAGUGCAGAAGCAUGAACUGCGUAAGGUGAUUGAGAACUACUGCUUUCGGAUGAGUGACGAACAGUACGACAGGUUGUGGUCUCGGUAUGACUUUCACCACAAUGGAGUUGUCAAUUAUAAGGAAUUUCUCCAGAGACUAGGUGUCAAUGUCAAACGUCAUGAUGCCAUGUUUCCUGAGAGCACCAAGCCAGUGUCCUUCUCCGAGCGAGAGCAGAACAGGGCAAAACAAGUUGAAAAACUAGCCAUCUUUAACGGAUCCGAUGACUCCGUCCGAGGGAUGACCUUCCCCCAAAUUGAAGCCGAGCUUCGCAGAAGGCUGAAGGAAAAUUACGUGAACCUCAAGAAAAUGUUCAUGGCGUUUGAUGCCAGGCAAGAUGGCUUCGUGUCCCUGGAGGAUCUGAAGAGCAUUUUGGUCCAGUUCACUCUGCCGAUGUCUGACCAGCUAUUUGCCCAGCUCAUGGAUAAGUUUGGAUUGAAGGCCUCCCACAAGAUUCCAUGGGAACACUUCUUGGAGAAGUUCCAGAAUCCCAGAAUUGAAGGCAAUAGUCAGACCAUUCCAAUCAAGCCCAACCACAAAGUGAAUCCCAUCCGGGAAGGAGACAGAGAGAUGGAGGUUGAAGAAAUACUCACACUGCUACACAAGCACGUCACCAACAUGUACCCGUCCAUCAAGGAGGCUUUCCUGGCAUUUGAUCAGAAUCGUGAUGGGAAGGUCACCCGGAAGGAACUACGCAAGAUCCUGGACAAAUUCACGAUACGUCUGAAGGAACAGCAGUUCAAGGGACUGGUGGCAAAGCUGGACCCCAACAACGAAAAUAAUAUCAAUUACCAUGCAUUCCUGGACUUGUUUGAAGUCAGAGAGACAAAGGAGGGUCACAAGUGGCUGGACUCGGAACACCGCUGGAAUGACCGGGCGCCGGCUAACCUGGCCUGGUCCACUGUGGAAGACAUCCUGCGGGAGAAGAUUGAGGAGUACUGGAAGAGCAUCAGCUCGGCAUUUCGCUUGGCCGAUCCCGAAGGCACUGGAGCAAUUGGCUACAAGAGUCUGAAGAAGAUCCUCAAUCGCCAUGUGCUUCCGGUCUCGGAUGAACAUUUUGAUGUGUUAUGGAGUCAGUGCGAGGAAUCCCCCGACGGCAAGAUCAUGUUUGCCGAGUUCUUGCAGAAGCUGGGUGUAGAUGUCUCCCCAGGGGACUUGGUAGGUCCAAGCACACGGAUACAGGUCUUGAGUGAUCUAAGUGAGCAGCAGAGACAAGCCGACCUGGAUAUCAGGCUGACCAACGUGCAGCUGAAUGCUCUGGAGAGGACGAGCCAGAUGUCAGCUGACGAAGUGAUGGUCAAGCUGAAGGACCGCAUGGCUCAGAAAUCGGGUCGCAUCCGGGAGAAUUUCCUGCGUUACUGCAAAAACAGGAGAGGCAAACUGUACAAGAAAGAAUUCAGGGAGGUACUAGAGUCCUUUGGGAUGUACAUGUCGGAUGAGCAGUUCGGUCACCUGUGUGAGGUCAUCGGCUUCAACCGAGGCCCCCUAACUUACUCAGACUUUGUGGAGCAAUUUGAGGAUCCCAGGGCCGGGGGUCCAGGGGAGGAGAUCCAGCGAGUGCCCAAUCACCGUUACACAGAGCUACCACUGUACAACAUGACGGCAGAGGAGGUGGAGGGCCAGCUCAUGGACAAGAUGAGGCAGGCCUUUGGGAGCCUGCGCACCACUUUCUACAAGCUGGAUGACAACCACGAUGGACUGGUGGAACAAGACGACUUCCGACACCUGAUGGAUGCAUUAAUGUUCACCAUCUCAGAGGAGGAGUUUAAGCGGCUGAUGAGCAAGUUGGCCAUCAACAAGAGAACCAAGCUGAGCUAUCGAGACUUCCUGGAACGGUUCCAGGUGGUGGAUGCACCAGGCAGUCAUAAAUGGCUGGAUUCUGAUCACAGGUUCAACAGGACCUUAGACCCCAUCCAACUCGCUGCCGACCAGGUCCAUGAUAUCCUGGUGACCAAGGCACAGCGACAGUACCAGGACCUAGCCAAGGCCUUCAUGUCCAUCGAUAAGAACGGCAACGGCGUCAUCACUAAGAAGGAGCUAAGAGAUCUGCUCUACACCUUCAUGCUUCCUAUGACCAAGGAGGAAUUUGAGCUCCUCUGGAAAAAGUACGAUGUGAACAACAAAGGCUACAUCGACCAUCAGCAUUUUCUGCGCAUGAUGGGCAAGACCUUUGCACCUGGGGAUGACGCCGGGGUCAGCCGGAGGAUUGUUGAGGAUUCCUACGAGGCUCUGGAGAACCAUCACAUUAACCAGAUGGAUAAACAGAUGAACAUCACUGUCAACCAGGCCUCCAACGCCACCUUUAUCUCCGCUAGUCAGCUGGAGCAGGCCCUGAAGGACCGAUUCAGAGACCGAUAUGCGUCCUUCCAGACGGCCUUCAAUGAGCUUGACCUCAGCAAGACAGGUCACAUUACUGUCAAGGAACUCAAGCGAGUGUUGCUGGAUCACAAUUACCUUGUGGAUGAUGACACAUUUGCCGAGUUUUUACAAAGAAUCGGUGUCCAAUCAGACAAAGGCAAACUCUCCUACAUCCAAUUUCUGGACGCAUUUGAUGAGGCCAGGGAAUUGCGCUAUCGGCAGAAGAACCCCCCGGUGGUACGACCCGAGAGUUUCUCCCUGCUGAACCCCGACAAAGCCAUCAAGAAACUCAAGCGGAUGAUGGCCACACAGCUACCCAUCCUCAAAGCUGCCUUUGGGGCUUUUGACAAGGGCAAGUCGGGACGCAUCACAGCUCCGCAGCUGCGCCGUGUCCUAGACAACUUCUGCUUCAAGCUGACCGACAAGCAGUUCAAACACCUCAUGACUAAGGUACGGUUGCACUCCGACCUGACCCUCAGCUACUUGGCCUUCCUGGAGGAGUUCACCACCAAUGAGGAUGAGAUUGCCAACAACUGGUUUGACUCCCUGAAUAAAGUAGAGGAGGAGACGUCUCGGUCUCCGCCCCUCUACACCCUGGAAGACCUCCAGCGAGACCUGCGGGAGACGGUGUCAGCACGCUUCUACCGGUUUGCUGAGCGGUUUGCCGAGAUUGACUAUGCCAAGAUCGGUGUCGUCUGCAGGGAGGACUUCAAGGCAGUCUUGGACGAAAUCGGAUUCCGGAUGAACCCUGAUCAGUUUGAGAGUCUGUGGAACACCUUGCCAAUCAACGAGUUUGGCAAUGUGGAAUACCGUCGCUUCCUCAAGCAGUACAUGGUGGACAACCUGGACGUGUCCAAGUUUGACUCACUGUCUGAGUUACCCAGGGCGACCUUGGUGCAACCCAACAGGCAGAUCUACACCAGCCCAGCAGCACGCACACCCAGCAAAAUGUCUGGGAGGUUGUCGAGCCAAUCCCGUCUGGCCACGCCCCUCGUCAAUGCCCAGGGGGUGGAGCAAAGACUCAAGAGCCAGAUAGGCAAGCAGUGGAAGGACGUCCAGCGGCUUUGCCGCCAGAAAGAUGCAGACAACACCGGCGAGGUCAGCGCAGAAGACUUUAAAGCUAUCUUGGAAAGUCUUGGGUUCUCCUUGUUUGGAGACGAGUUUGAUCAACUUACCACCAAGUACGACUUGAAAGGAAAUGGGAAGUUUGCUUAUUUGGACUUCCUGAAGCACUUUGUUCUAAAACUGCAGCCAGUGGCAGAGGAAGGUGACAGAACACUGAUGAGCCGACAGAGAAUCCAUCCAUCCAAGAUCCCAACUAAGCCCGGCUCCUCCAGCAGCGACAUGAUCGAAGCCAUGCUACGCGUCCGCCAGUGCAUCCUGGACAACUGGAAGCAGAUGAGACGGGUGUUCCGGGGCAUGGACCCCUCGGGCACCGGCAUUGUGACGGCUUCAGACUUCCGCUCAGUCCUCCGUCAGUUCAACAUCAACCUGUCCGAGGACGAGUUCUUCCACCUGAUGACCUACUACGACCGGUGCCUGGAGGGCAAGAUAUCCUACAAUGACUUCCUCAGGGCUUUCCUGCAGUGAACAACUUGCUGCGGAGCGUGUGUUGUCAAGAUGAUUCGGCCAGUCCUCUGCCAUCAUGGUCAGUUGCUGUUUUUCCAAAAAGAGCAUGCUACAUGGUGUGAACCCCUUCCGUUGCCAGCUGAGUGGUAGUUUUUCUAAAAAGCUGUGAGAAUUUUAACCUUUUCGUGUGCAGGACCAAAUACUGAACAAACUCAGUAGGACAGGAACAGAUAACUUACAUGAACAAGUCAUUUAAAAUGCUAACUUACAUGCGUGUGGAAAAAUGUAGCUGUAUUUUGUCACUCACAAGGCCUAAUGAUUGAUCUCAUUUUUACACAUUUUGUGAAAAGCCCUUUUCCAACUUUCCACUUGAAAAUAUAAAAUGCCUUUUAUUAACACUCUCAAACAUAUUUUUUAGAUCAGUGUUUUUAUUAAGUUUCAGUAUUUCACCUUCAUGUGGGAGCACUCUCAUUAUAAGAUCAGUAAUCUUGUAAUAUACUACCCUCCAUACAAGCAUUAGAUAUGCCAUGGUUACUGGUGAAAGCAAAAAACAAAGAAAGAAAGAAAGAAAACACUCCAACGAAUAGCUGUCUUUCAUUUAUGUUGCUGCAAUAAGUAAAUGACUGUUUAGCCGAUAGAAAUACACCUGUAAUAGUUGUAGGAACUACCUGCACUAUAUUUGGCUUAUUUAUAGUCAUCUUUGAGGCAAAACACUGUACCAGUCAUUGUGAGAAAUAAUGCUAGGGCUAGUAGCUCACUGAAAUAUUGACAGAGGGGUGUUGUGAAGAGACUGGCCUCUACCCCAUACAAGAACCAGCAAAAGACUGACUGUAAAUGGUCAAUUAUGUGAGCUGUGCACCUGUUUCUGCAAGAACUGUGCAGUCCAAUACAAAUUGGGAGUGUCUGCGCUGUGCCUUGUACACGUGAACCUGCACGUGUGCAUACAUGCAUGGCCUGUCCCACCAAAGGGUUGUCAUUACCGUGAGAAAAACAUGUGCAUCUCUUGUCCACGCAGAGGGCUUUGUGAGCAAUUCCGAAGAGACUAUGUGUGCCCAUAGUUGUGACAUCACUUCAGUUUAAACAACGCCCACUGCACAUAGAGUUACAUGGAAUCAUGGAACUGGAAGGUGAUGCUCAACUUGACUUUUCAUCCAACAGAAGCUUGCAAUCAGUGGUGCGUUCACGUGUUUGACAAAGUCACCUGUGAACCGUAUAAGGGUGGGUCAGAAAUUCUCAUUUCUGACUGACCCUUAUUUUUGGCUCCAGUUAAGGAAAAAGCUUUAUUUUAUGUUUUAUAAUAAAAAAAUAUAAAACUUCUAAAAUAAGCGUCAUUAGUUAUGCACAACUUGGAAUAGAAUAGUAUUCAGCUCGUUUGCUCCUUGGCAAUGAAUUGUACACUAGUGUACGAUACAGCAGCUCUGACCUUCACAAGUUUUUACAUUACUUAAUAUCACAAGGCUAUUGUGAAAACUGCACAGUUCUUGUAACUCCUCUCAAAGUUGAGCAUUGCCUGGACACAAGGCUUAUGGACUUUUCAAAAAUGAAGCAUUGAAAAAUGGAAGAUUCAACUUCAGCCCAUGUUGGCAAGAGGCUCCGGCAUCCAGUAUGAAAUUCAACACCACUCUUAACACUUUUGUUUCUUUCCUCUAACCCAAGAUGGGUUUCACAUUUUGGAGAGAAGGGCUGUGACUUUUAACAAUAGUAGGUAUUCAAGUUGUGUCCCUAAAUGACAUUAUGUAAAGAUUUCUAUUUCACAUAGAAGGCCCUUAAGGGGUUCUGAUGAUUUAAAUAGUGAUUACGACCAAAGAGCUUUACUGGAAGGGAUAUCAUGUCGGAACAUAAGAAAAAAGGGUAAAGUACUUUAAAACACCAGCUAGUUAGACUAGUGGUUCAAGCUUAGGGUCCAUUCCUCGGACUUUUCACAGGUGUUUAGCUGGGUUCAGCAUUUAUGCAGUACAUGCAAAGUACAACUGUUGUACAAGAAAACAUGUAUAUAAAGCAUGCAGGUGUCCAUUCCUGGCAGCAAAUAUGAAACAAAUCCACCAGAUCAAUAUGUAUGUUGGUAGAUUGCUUAUUGUAAUUAACAGCGUUAACAUUUUUCCUAUGUAUAUGUUUUGGGGCCCUUGUAAAAAAUUGAAACUGAUUUUAAUAUGCUUUUCAAACUAUUGAUUUCUCUGGAGGCGUAUAAAUUGUGUGUGAUGUGACAUAUGGUACAGUUCAUUAAAGUUUUCAUUUUUUAUUGGUUAGAUGUAAAUAAAACAA